AUGUCAGGAGGACUUAUUGAUAAAGUUUAUAUAGGCUUGGACAACGCGCCGGCCGCAUUUGAUAUAAAAGGCCGUUUGCUUGGUCCAAAUGGCACCAACUUAGAGUAUAUCAGAUCGGAGACGGGAGUCGUUGCAGUUUUAAAGAGUGAUAAAUUUGAACCCUUGCAUUUGGCUCUUCAUCACACGAGAUCGGAAGCUUUAGCAGCGGCGCGUUCACUUGCUCAAAACUUAAUCGAAACUAUACGGGCAGAGUUAGCCCAGUGGAGUGCCGCGCAAGCUGGAGGACCACCACCAGCUCUCAACAUACCUCCUCCGACAUUGACUACAACAGCCGCCCCGCCACCCGUGCCACCGCCAACUUCUACUGUAGCGCUGUCUACACCAUCGUCCCUAGCUACAUCUGGACAACCUACUGUUAUACCUCCAGUCGUCAGUAUGGCCCCAGCAAGCACACCUCUCAUGACAGUUCGUCAACCAACAGUAUUACAACUCCUGCCACAACAACAAUAUGUAUUAAAUCAAGAGAGUGGUCAAUUGAUUCCUAUAGUGCAACCAGGAGUGCAAGUUUCCAACACUAAUUUCACUUCUCUGCCCAUUGCACAACAAUUAAGUGCAAUACAGCAACCAAAUUUUGGUCACACUCAAAUUGUGGAUAUAUCUAAUAUGCAGCCUGUGAAUGUUACACAGUUAAGGCUUAGUGGGGUCCCGUCAUCUAUGUCAAUGAUCUUACCCAAUGGGCUAACUUUCCCCCAAGCAAGUCUGGCCACAGGUGAUACUACUACUGUGAGCUCUGCAACAACAACUCCAGUUGUUUGUGCUGCUCAGAACACAAGUGCUUCUCACAAAAUCCUAUACAGUACUGAUAAAGGCGACAAGGAAGUGAAGUAUCACAUACAAGGAGCUGACACAGUGCAGUGGGCCAUGCCUGGUUCUCAGACAAUGCUUAUUCCAUAUCAACAGUUUCAAGAGUUAACAUCGAACCAAACAGGAUUAACAAACUUACAACCACAACAAUUUGUUUCAAUAGCUCCAGCUAGUGGAUUCCAGCAGACCUCACUUCCUCUGUCAGCAACACAGUUGCAACAAUUACAGACCACUGGCACUAUAAUGCAAUUUAAUCAAAAGCCAUUAGUAAGCAGUGCCUCCCUCAUAAAUAUAAUUUCAACUGGACAAGCAUCUUCUCCGCAAAUUAUAUCUUCAUCUACACCCACCAAGAAUUUGAGUCAAGAGUCUCGUGGACAAAAGAGACUUUCUGAUGGUACUCCGAGUCAAUUGCAACUCAGGCCUAUUGCUCCAGCAGGGUCACAUGUAAGCCAGGACAAGAGUUCCACGAGAGACUCGCGUUCCUGGACAACAACAGCAGCUAGGGACAGCACCGUCGUCAGUAUGGGAAUGAAAAUAAAUCCAGCGCAUGGUACCAUCAUUCACGUGUCGUCAGGACAACAAACAAACGUAUCUACCUCGGGCAUCUCUCACGACGGCACCGGCAUGUACAUAAAGCAAAUAGAUAGAAACGCGAUCCAAAUUCAGACGUCGAAGGACGGCCAGAAGCAAGACUUGACCGCUAACAAAAUCCAGAGCAGCGCGCAGAACGUGCAAAUGAUAACCGUGCCGCAGGGCAUGACAGUGCUGCAGAACCCGUUGAACAUCGGCCAGAUGUCCACAAUGAUCGGGCAGCCCAACAGCCAAGUGUACAUGAUACCAGCGAACCACCCCAAUUUGAUGCAAGGGACACUGCCGCCGGGGUUGAUAGGUCAGCAAAUGCUGCAGGCCGGCCAAAACGUGACCGUCAUGCAGCCCAAUCAACUGGGCAUGCCGGGCGGGGUGCAGUACAACGUGCCACUGAUGUCGAUGAACAUGCCGCCCAACUCGAGCUACAUGCAGACCGGCCUCAACCUCAACGCGCAACUGUCCGCGCAACAGCUGAACGCGGCGCUGGCCGGCCAGCAGCUCGCCAACUCCAACCUCACCGUUUCCGGAACGAUCCCGAUAGUGCAAGCGCAGCCGCCGUCCUCGCCGCUGACCAAUCCCUCUCAAGCCGUGCCCGCCACUCAGCCGCAGCCCGUGCAGAUCGUGCCGCAGAGCCCGGGCUUCGUCACGCCCACCUCCCAGUACACCGGGAUGCCGCCGCAGUACAUGGUGCAGGCGAACAACGGCGCGAUGAGCGUCCCGGCCAACAAUCCCGGCGUGCAGUACUCGCUCGCGUCCAACCAGUCGACGCCCACGACGCCCACCAACGGCAACGGACAGAGCGGCGCCGCGGCCGACAGCGACAACUCCAACGGCGCGACGAACCAGACCGGCUACAUGUCGUCGUCGCAGGAGAAUGGCUACGCGCUGUCCAGCACGGCCGCCGUGCAGCCGCAGCAGCAGAGCUUCGCCGCCGACGCGUCCCAGCCGCCUGGCUACACCGCAGCCAGCCAGCCAGUCAACCAACAAAGCUACAGCACCGGCAACGGCAGCAGCACCACCGCAAACUACGCGAGCCAAACGGCCACCACUCAGGCCGCGUACAAUCCACCGAACGGCAACAGCGGCCAGACAAAUCAGAGCUACGCCGCGAAUGCCACGACCGCGACGAACGCACCUCAGACGAACUUCUCGCCGUCGACCACGCCUGGGCCCAAUCAGGCGUACCCUAGCGCUAAUAUGCCCAACCUGUCAAAUGUGCCAUUCCCACCGACGCAAGGUUCUAACCCGUAUCCAAACGCGACCGGUCAAAAUCUAGCGGCGUACGCCAACAAUCAGUACCAGUACAACAGCAGGCCGUGGUUCAGACCCCGCUAUGGUUCCCCGCAGAACUCUCCAUACGGUGCGGGCAGUGUGGGCCCUAAUGGACCCCCGAUGCCGGUGCCACCGCCCAAUGGCAGCUACAACUACUGGCAGGACAGU